AUGUCACCGAGUGCAGACCACGAAGGCUACAGAAUUGGCGCUGUCGAUGCUUCCACUACCGUUGUGGUGGUGGGGGCGGGACCCUCGGGGUUGAUGCUAGCAUGUAAUCUUGUUCGUUUUGGAAUCCCGGUGGUGAUUCUGGACGAUCGUCCCGACAAGACAUCCACAGGGAAGGCUGAUGGAAUGCAACCCAAGACCAUCGAGACAUUCAGACAACUUGGGUUGGCGGAUCCAUUGCUGAAAAAUGGAGCUCGGGUUUACGAUAUUUCCUUCUGGGAGUCGACCGCCAACGAGUCACUGAAGCGCACUGGUCGCAAAACUCACUACCCCGAGCAUGUCGGUGCCUCCGAUCCAUAUAUCCUACUAGCCCACCAGGGAAUGCUUGAGGAGGUCAUAAUCGAUGAUAUGGAGGCACGGGGUGUGUUUGUCACACGGGAUAGCAAGUUCGUCUCCUGUUCGCGCGUGGAUGGAACGACCCAAUUGGACAUUGUAUAUGAGGAUGUUACUACAAAUACUCCUCGAAAGAUCAGAGCCGAUUACCUGGUUGGAUGUGAUGGCGCUCGAUCCAAAGUUAGAUCUUUCAUUCCGGAUGCUGACCUUGAGGGAGAAUUAACAAACGCAGCUUGGGGAGUGCUAGAUGGCGUGAUCGAUACCAGCUUCCCUGAUCUAUGGAGCAAGGUUGCGGUACGGUCUCAUUCCGCUGGGUCGAUCUUGUGGAUUCCACGGGAGAAAGGCAUGACUCGAUUAUAUGUUGAGUUGAGUUCCACCGAUGGAGAGCGAGUGGAAAAGUCAAAAGCUACGACUGAAUAUGUCAUGGGUCGAGCCAGGGAGGCAAUGCAUCCAUUCAAGCUAGAGUGGAAGACAGUGGAAUGGUUCGGAACAUAUGUUGUGGGCCAACGGGUUGCGAAACGCUUCAUGGAUUCAGAGGCGAAGAUAUUCAUUGCAGGUGAUGCCGGCCACUGUCACUCAGCUCUUGCAGCUCAAGGUGCCAACACAAGUAUGCACGACAGCUUCAACCUCGCAUGGAAGCUCAACCUUUUAGUCCGAAGACUUGCCAAGCCAACCUUACUCCAUACCUACGAAGAAGAAAGACAAAAGAUUGCAUAUGACCUCAUAAAUUUUGACUUUGAGCACUGCAAAGCGUUCACAGCAGGCGACGCAGCACUGGCCAAGAACUUCGACGACAACAUUCGAUUCAUAUCCGGCGUUGGAGCCGAAUAUGCUCCAGGAAUGUUGACACAAGCGCCAGCCACCAAGUCUCGUCUACAACCUGGAAUGCUCCAACUACCAGCUAAAGUCACUCGCUAUAUUGAUGCCAAUCCGGUCGAUAUUCAGUUGGAUAUUCCGCUGCUGGGUCAAUUCAAGAUCUAUAUUUUCGUCCCGGAUGUUUCCCGCUCGCUGCCAUCGUUAGGCAAUAUUUGCCAACAGUUGCAAUACAUUCUUGCGGAUGUGAGUGUGCGAGCAGCUCAGUCAUAUGAGAAGCAUCCGAGGGGGCAUUCUCCCACGGAUGCCUUUGUUCAGGCUCAGCGCUACACCGCUGUCUCCAAUGCUUUUACUUGUGCGAUGGUCACGCAGUCUGCUCAGUCUGAGUUUGAAAUUGCCGAUCUACCGGAUAUACUGCAAGCUAGUCGGUGGACUUUAUAUGUCGACAAUGUUGGAGGGCUGAGUUGUACUGAGAAGUGGUUCGGGGAUUUGAAUAGGGAGAGGAUUGGUAUCGCUGUCGUGAGGCCCGACGGAUAUGUUGGGGCUAUUGAUACUUGGGACGAUGAACAAGUGGGUGUCAUAGGGCAGUGGCUGCAGGAUUAUUUUUCUUUCAUGGUGUAA